CGACUUGACUCUCUAGAGUUGUUGAUCUCUGCGAUCUUUAAUGUUGCCUUUUAAAUUAGAUUACAAGACUUUAUGUAAAAAAGAACACAGAACUUCCCAACAGAUGGCGCGUCUAUAUAAGAUAAGUCGCUUCUGAACGUUGAAUUGAUUGAAUAAGCCAGAAAAAAGAAUAAUAAGGAGUGAAAGAGAGACAUAGAGAAUGAGACGGGGGGCAGGCUAACAAAUGAGUCGUGCAGAAAUCAAUACCAUAACAGUAAAAUAUAGUAUAAACAGAGGAAAACAGAGAUAUGGGAAACGGCGGUAGUAAGAAAUCGGAACGCGUUGUGCGUCGAAAGAGACGUCGACAUGUGAAAUACGACCAACCAAAUCGACAUGGCGUUCCGAUGCUCUACGUGUGGCCUUCCAGCGCGCCUUGUCGAGCUGUACUUAUGACUAUUCAAAUCACGGAUAUUCUAGUCAACGUCAAACAUAUAGAUAUCUUUAACGACGAACACCUAACUACUUUUUUUCGAAAGAUUAAUCCUCAUCACACUGUACCGACCCUAACCGAUGGCGAUUAUAAUCUAUGGGAAAGUCGGGCCAUUGCUGAAUAUUUAGUGGGAAAAUACGAAAAAUUCGAUUGCGGCCUCUUUCCAAAAUCGAAACGGAUCAGGGCGUUAAUGAGGCAAUUUCUAGCUUUCGACAGCCAUUCGCUACAUCCAGACGUUACGGAUUAUUUGUAUCCUCAGUUAGCAAAGAAUCUCGAGGCAGACAAGAUAAAAGAAAGUUGUCUGUCCGAGGAGAUAGAUAUCAUAGAAGAAGCUUUAACAAAGAGCGAAUAUUUAGCCGGAGAUACUCUGACUUUAGCUGAUUUAUUUGUUUGCUCCACCAUCACCUUGCUUGAAUUAAUAUCAUUCGACUUUCGAAAGUGGCCAAAUGUACUAGAAUGGCUUGAAAGAAUCAAAUCACAAGAAUUUUACGUUCCAGCCAAUAUGGGUCAUGAAACUUGGAAAAUCGUUUUAUCAGAGAGAAAACAACAAGAAAAUAAUGACAAGUCAGAUGCUGAAGGUGAUGAUUCCAGCAUUGAUGGAAAUUAUAAUGAAAACUACAACGAUAAUUAUGAUAAUUCUCUGUAAUAAUUAUACUUUAUACCUUACUUCCUCCGUGUAAUUAAUUGUUUACUUUUACCCAAACAAAAACUAAUAACAGAAACAGUUACGCGUUAUAAUUUUUAUAGCAAUGUCAAUAAUAAAUCGAUGGUCUUCCUCUAUUUUAGAGCAUUAGCCAAGAAAAUAUAUACUUUAUCUUUAAAAUUAGAUACAGUUUUAUCAGUUUUGGUAACGAAGCAAAACUACAAUAUUGUGUUUAAUCUUGUUCAUUCAGCUUUCGACAAAAUCUGAUGAACUUGCAUUAUUUGUUUCAUAUAUCAGAUUAUCCUUUCAAAGAUUAAAACUAUAUCCUGAUCUUUUUCAUUGUAAUUCAACCUGCGAAAAUUUCAACUGAUUCUAUAUACAUUAAAUAUAAAAAUGAUGCAUGAGCUGGAUUAUGG